AUGAUCCCACAAAGAAUGAAAAAGAUGGCCAAUGUGGCUGAACAUCAUGUUGUCGAUGCCAAAAAGUUUGUCUUUUCAAUGGGCCGUCGAACCAUGUCUACAGCGUCGAUGAAUUCAAAUACCACCACCAGCACGACCGCACAAUCCAGCGAUGAAGAUCCCAAGUCCAACAAGCCCACCAAAGCCAAAACCACUCUGGGCCAUUUCACCCGCAGCAACAGUGAUAGCUCCAUCAUGGCUAAUACCCUCCUCUGGACACAUUUGAUUCCUCCCAUGCCCGUCAUUGCAUCGACCGUGUAUCGUCAUUAUGCGAAAGGCCCACCUGCUAAAUCAUGGUCGCUUUCAACCGAUAUCACGAUUGCCGUGAUUCGUGAUUUCCUGGAUCGUUCCAGUAAAAUCACAGUAGAAGAAGUACAAAAGAUUAGCACAACCAAAAAGCUGCCCAUUCCAUCCAACAUCAAACGUAGAAAAUUUGUGGUGCCUAAUGAGUAUCGAAAGAGAGCAGGUGAUUUGAUCAAGCCGCUAUUGACGAAAAAAGAUCAGCAACGCAUAGGCUGGGAUUGGGAGAAGGAUCGCGAUACGGCUCCUCCGAUUAAAGGCGAGUGGCUGCAGACAAAAGGAAACCCGUUGGAUCCUUGCAAAGAAAGCACUGUGCUCUAUUUACAUGGCGGUGCCUACUAUCUUGGUUGCUAUGGCAUAUAUAGACAGUUUCUGGCUAGAUUGGUCAAGUAUUCCAAAGGUAGAACAUGUGCCAUUGACUACAGAUUGGCGCCACAACACCCAUUCCCUGCUGCCGUAGAGGACGCAUUAGCCACAUACUUGUAUCUGAUUGACCCACCCAAAGAAGAAGACACGCAGCCUAUUGAUCCCAACAAGAUUGUCAUUGCAGGUGACAGUGCUGGUGGCGGUUUGACAUUUGCUACCUUGAUGGCAAUCCGUGAUUCAGGUCUUCCUGCGCCAGGCGGCGCCAUGACAUUGUCUCCAUGGAUGGAUUUAACACACUCACUACCAUCCAUCUUGAGCAACAUCAUGACGGAUUAUCUUCCUCCCACUGGCUUCAAGCAUGCGCCAUCGCCAGCGCUGGACUAUGCUCGACUACCUCACAAAAAAGAAGACGCUGAAAUGCUAGCACAGGUGCAAGCAGAAGCAGAGGCACCCAUAGACGCGCAUGGUAACUUGGCGGUACCCACUACCGACAGUGAACUCGCUGAAGUUGCUCGUAGAGCUUCCAUUGGACCAUUUGGUGAAUGUGUUCCAGUUCAAAGCAUUAAUGGUUCCGAUAUUUAUCGGGUACAGUUUUAUGCUGAUAAUGAUGCACUCAAGCUCCCCAUGGUGAGCCCCAUUUUUGAUAGAGGACACUUACGUGGACUUCCGCGUCUAUUGGUGCAAUGCGGAACUGCAGAGAGAUUGCGCGAUGAAUCAGUAUACACAGCAUUACAAGCAUCCAACAGGUUUCCUGGCGCCAACAAGGACACAGAAGCACUUGGAACACCCACCAACGUUACAUUGGAAAUGUAUACAGAUCAACCUCAUGUGUUUCAGCUCUUGUUUUCCAACAAAUCUGUUUCGCGCGCAAUUAAGAACCUAGCAGCCUUUGUCAGAGAUGUUACGCAUUCACCUGCUGCCAUUGACAAUCUCAAGGAUAAAGAAAACAAAUCGAGUUAUGUCACUGACAACAUCUUGACGAUCCGUAAUGUGAAUCCACAUGGCAAAAUGACAGAUAUCAAGGACCAAGUGCUUGAUGAUUUCUCAAAGGAGGAAUGGAAGGAUUGGGAAUCAAGACUGAAGCAACCUAGCAUCAAACAACGUAUGAACGAUGUCACUGCAGCCUACAAGAAUCUCUUGGAAGCAGAGCAUACCAAACAUGAUGUGAAGCAUGUCUAA